AUGUCGGAAUACAUCUCGGAAAACGGGGAAGAGGAAGAUAGAAAAAUAAUUGAGGUGUUGGAAGAAUGCUCUGAUGUUUCCUGUUUAACAACAAAUGUCUUAAGUACUGUUCAUGGUGUAAUAGAAUUAGCCGGCGUCGUGAUCAUCCCUAUUGAUAAAUUCUUGCCUCUGUUCAAGGAUAUCACAAACAUUUUUCUGGAG